AUGGCAACGGCCCGGUGUGGGCGCAAGCAGCCCAAGUACCAGGGCGGAUUCAUCCUGGAUGGCGGCGUGCACUACGUCGCUGGUAUGCGAUGCGCGACGGGCAUGGAGAUCGUGGAGAUGAAGAGCACGGCCGUGCAGAUUCAGCCAAUUUUGACGCCUUUGGAUACCCUGAAUGCGACACUGCGCUUCUCCAACGGCGCUGUGGGGUCCCUCAGGUUCUCUGUUGCAUCGCCGAAGGUGUUUUGA